AUGUUUGAAUUUAUCACCGGUGGUAUAACGAAUGGAUUUAUCAUUGCUACGUUUAGUGCAGCUCUUCUUGCUCGUAUUAUACGAAAAAAACUUCGUUUAAAUCAGGAAGUCAAUUGGCGUAAACAGCGUAAAAUGACUAUUCAACUUAUAUCAAUUACAUUAUUAUUUUACAUUUUCUAUUUGCCGUCUGUUAUCGCUAGUAUCCUGGGAAGCUUUGGUAUUUUAGGUGUGCACGCCGAAACUUUGGCGGCUUAUGGAUCUUUUUUCUCGUAUUACAUCAAUUUUCUCCUGGCUGCUGUUUGUGCUGGAACAUUACCUCAUCUAAAAAUUAAAAUUAAAAAUACAAUACGCUUUUGGACACUUCAUAGACUUACUACACCAACUGUACCAAUGAUAAAUAGUAUUGAACACAAUCAGACUGGUCGAAAUUGUCACUCUAUGAGAAUCGACAAUUUAUCAAGACAGCCUGCUCGACGGUUUAACAAAUGA